UCUCUUUCUUCAGUUUUUAAAGGAUCACUACUCUUCUCCUUUAUCUUUCCUCCCCUCCGACCUCUUUUUCUCUCCCUCUCGUUCUCCUUCCUCGUCUCGCUCUUCUUCCCCGGUCACUUUCCUCCCGAUCCUUGUCUCUCGCUGCACACGCUUGCGGAUGUUUCUCGUUUUCUUCUCUUCACUUCUCCGAUCUUCUCUUUCCGUCCAAGCGGUGUUUCCUUGCUUCAAGCCGAGGCUGAUCUCCCCAGUGAGGCAGCUGCACAGUCAGUCGCUCUGCUGUCUAGCGAGCGCCUUCUGUUUUUCCUCUUUUCCUCUUUUCUUCGGUUUCUUUGUUUCCUGCUUCGUGUUUUCUUCUGCGCAACGCCUAUUUUCUGUUUCUCGAUUUUCUAAGGGAAACGGACCUAUCGUCGUUUCCAAAGUUCCGGAGACAGACAGAGUCAAAUCCUUGCCCUUCUCUCUGGAGACGAGGAGACCUCCCUGUUGCCCUUUCUUUUCUUAGGUAUUCUUCUCCCUGAUGUAUUUCACCUAUUUUGUGCAAAUGCGACCGUCUGCACCUUUCUCUCUCCAGUCUGACUUCGUUCUCACACCUUUCCGGUCUCGGUUUCUCUCGUAAACUCCUCCCUUCGCUCUCCCUUCUCUCUUCUUCGACGAGGUCGCCGCGUCUUCUUCGCUCUUUUUCAGUUUCCCUGCUUCUUCUGCGCUGCCACAAGAACGGCUGCAGAGACUCCGCACUCCUCGUUUGUCUCUGUUUGCGCGUCUUCUCCUUCCUUUUCUCCUUCCUACCAAAAAUGUCGUCCUCAAGCUCCGGGUCGAGGCUCUCCGGCCUCCUCGCCCUGUCUCUCUUCCUUCUCCUGUCUCUCUCCACGUCUCGCAUCCCUCCCUCCCCUUCCUCCUCUUCUUCCUCUUCUGUCUCUGCUUUCGCUUCUUCACUCUCUCCUUUUCCCUCUUCUCUUGUCGCAGAUGCUUCGAUUUUCUCUGGGUUGUUUCUCAAUUCCGUUUUCUCUCUUUCUUCUGCCUUUCUUCCCUCUGGGUCUUGGGAGCUGCAAGGAGUGAGUGCUCUUCCUGUCUCCGGCCCAGCCGCCAUGGAGACAGGCGUCGAGGGUCAGCGGUAUCAGAGGCAAAUUCAAGUUUCCUCUUUUCUCGCGGACAAGGAUUUCAGGCGUCUCUUCCACCUCACAAAUGCAUUUGAGGCCUCAACGGUCCCUCACGAAUUAACAGCGUUCGUCGCUCUUCGCUUCUUUCCUCCCUCAUUCGCCCCUGCCUUCUCGGCCUCCUCAAAACUCCCGAAGCCGCUCGUCAACGCUCUCUGUCAAAGAGUGCAGUCUCUCCUCGCCUCCUCUCCCCUCGCUUCCUCUCCCCUCUCGUCUUCUUCGCGCUCUUCCAUUGCAAGAGAGAAAGACUCCGAAUUGACCCUUUCGCACUUGCUGCAGGCUCGGCGGUUAAUGGCGUGCGACUUCAAGAUUCCUCGCGGACUGUCCGCGGGCCUCGCGGCCGCCCUCGUCUCGCCCUCUCGACGGAAGACAGGAGAAGAUGACGCGUCGCAGGUGCGAAGACUCGUCGCUGCUCUGAUCAGCCUCGCGGAGAUCACAGAAACGCAGGACUCAGACGAACAAGGCGAAGAGGAACGGAAAGGCAACGACCCAGAAACAGAAGACAAGCCGACUGUGGAAAUGUCUCGGCAGACAGAACCUCCACGUUCUUCGUUUCUCAAGUCGAAACUGAAGGACGUGCACUACCUGGACCUGGCUGACGCGGUCAUCUCUUAUCUCCAGAAACUUCAAAACGAGACGCGGACGCAAGAAGGCCUGCCCCUCUCUGGGCCGUGGAAGGCGGAGGCCGAGACACAGCACGCGAGUGCAGCAGCUUUGCUCGCCUUGUCUCAGAGUGUACUUCUUCUUUCUCGCGACUCUCAGACACAGAAAGUCGCCGCUCUCCAGAGGUUCACAGACGGCCUGAAGCUGCUGGAAAGAGAGCUGCGUGCGGUCGUCCUUCUUGGAGAGGAAACGGACUCGCGAGACAGAGGAGACGGAGAAGACUCAAAAGUGGAAGAGCGAAACGCCUUGCGCCUCAGCUUGCUGCUCCACGCUUACUUCAACUUCGCGACGCUCGCGGAGACGCGCUUCUCCCCAGUCGUGUUUCCUCCGAGUCUUGCGCGUCUCGGGGAAGCAGGCCUCGAAGCCGCUAUCGGAUUUUUGCAGACAAUUCCGCUGGAGGAAUCGGAGCCUGUCGCCGCCCUCCUGCCGCUCCUCAACGCAGUCCAAGCGGCCGCACAAGCGGGCGCGUUCGGCGUCGUUCAAGAGAGGCUGCAACGCGUGGAGAUCUGCGACGUCUGGGGGAGACCGUUGCCAGCAGAUGCUCAGCUGCAUGUGGUUCUCUCGUUCCAGUCGACAAUCGACGGAGAAAAGGACGAGGAAGAAGAAGCGAAAGUGACUUUUUCGCGGGACUCGACGUCGACGCCCUCCGCGAAUCGAUGCCUUUUUUCUUCGCGUGACCGGCGCCUGGAGCGCGCGACGCGUGUUGUCUACUUUCUGCGGAGACAAGAGAAAAAUCGGCGAGAGUCAAGAUUCCUUCUUCUCCGAGAGCGUGCGAGCCGAGACUUGGGCACUGCUGCGCGAAGUGGAACGCCGACAGAUCCGCUUCCGUUUGGCGUCGACCUCGAAGUGGCGGCGGUGCCAGUGUAUGACGGAGAGAUAGAACAGGCCGAGAGAGAGGAACAGAUCCUCUUUCGCUCAGGCACAAGACAACCGCAGGCGGAAGCCUCUGCGCUCCUUGCCAAGACUCACGAGCUGCGCUUCACCCUGCAGCUCGCGACGGACUGGAGAACGGCGGGCAGACGCGACGGUGGCAAGACCUCUGGUCCCGAUCAGGUCAGCCUGCUGAUAACAUUUCUUUCUCCCGAAGGGGAGGACGCUGUCAAGGCGCCCUUUCGUCUCCCUCUCCAUCUCAGAAGCAGACAGAUUCGUCUUCCUCUCGUGAAUGCCAAGAAACACACAUAUCAACUGCAACUUUCCCUCGACAAUCAGCGCUUGUUCCCUCGACUCACUGGCGACUACCGCUUCGAGCUUCUCGUCGCAGACCGUUCAAUGCAGAGUCCCCUUCGUCUGCAUUUACUCGACAAAGAGCUUGUUUUUUCUCGCCCUGUGAAGCUCCUCCACAUCCCCACUGGCGACGGCGAAAUGCUCGCCAUUCUUCCUGUCGAAAAAAACAUGUUGCCAGCCCCGCUGCUCUCUUGGGAAAACUCACCUCCACCCCAACAGGCCUCGUUGCUGGCAGCCAUCCUCGGAGCCGCUCUUUGCUGUCUUCUCCCUUCUGGAGCGCUGUGGAUGCUGUGGCGGUCGAAAGCCAUCGACGUGCCUCACAAAAUUGGAGAGCCUUCGGCCCUUCAAGUUCUUUUCAUUGGAGCAAUCGUGGUGCAGGGUUUGAUUGUGGUACUUUACUUUUUUUGUAUCGCCUUCCUUCAACUGUUGCCGGUUCUCGGAGUUUCACUGGCCGUCACUUCGUUGAUUGGAUACCGUGCAUUGUGCCAGAGCCGGGCACAGCAACUGAACGAGAGCGGCUUUCCUGAAAAGAAGACGUUCUGAAAGCCUGGCCUCGUAGAUAAAAUCGAUGAGACGUUUUACUUGUAGGCAGAGAUGUAGCGGUCGCGUCGCCGUCGUGGAAGCUCCUUCGGCGAUGUCUACAUACGCAUUUGUUCGUGGAGAAGCUGAAUCUGUUUCGUAGACCCAUGAACAAAGCGAACUCCGCCUUAGCUCUUCAAAACUACUAAUGCGUCCAUUUAUACAUAUAUAUAUAUAUAUAUAUAUAUACAACAUGUACAUAUAUGUGUGGUAUGUUAUAUACUGGGACUGUUUGCCUCGAAUUGACUAUCUCUAGGUUUUGUGUGGUAGGUUGCCUUCUGCGUUUUACAACAACGCCUUUCUUGCGCAGAGAGGAUUCUUCUCUUUGCACGAAACAUUGUCACUGCCGAUAAUUUGCCGAGGAGACGGUGGGUAAUCGGCCGAGUGUUCCGUCCACUUUGGCCAAAACGUAUCCCUCUCUUCCUCGCGUUCGUGUACUUGUGUUUUUUUCUCCGCGGAAAUGCCUAUCCUGCAUACUCCAGCCUAGGGCGGGAGUGCGUGCUGUCUAGUUUUGUCGCCAAGUAAACCACAAGUGGGAAAGGACACAGGCGCAGUAAUGCCUUUCCCGACACGCUUCGAACGAGAGGAGCGUCAGCUUCCCGUAAAAUGGCCUGUUUGGGAGCGCCGCUGGUGGUUGGUCUUCUGAAGACUUCAAAUUUCGCUCGCUUAUUUUAUCACCAACUUCUUACUCUCUGCGGAUGCCAACUGUUUAUCCGCACCAGUGUUGGG